UGACCGGAAGUAAGGGUUCCACUCUGCCCUAGCAACCGUUACCAAGGGCCUGGUAACUAGGAGAAAAACUCUUGGGGAGAAGAAGAAGGAGGAGGGGGGAACGACAACGGGUAACUGGGGCAGGAGGUCAGGAUUAUUUUCAGGACCCAAUUAUGAGUGAUCAAAUCAAAUCAAUUGUUGAGAAGCUCAAUAAGGAGCCUUUUAAGAAGAACUAUAAUUUAAUCACAUUUGACUCACUGGAGUCAAUGCAGCUAUUGCAGCUUCUCAAUGAUGUUCUGGGGGAGAUUGACCCAAAGCAUGUUGUUGACAUAAGAGAGGAGAUGCCAGAGCAAACAGCUAAACGAAUGUUGAGCCUUCUUGGUAUCCUUAAAUACAAACCUCCAGGAAGUAUUACUGACUUGAGUACAUUCCGCCAGGGUUUAGUUAUUGGAAGCAAACCUGUGAUUCAUCCUGUCUUAUACUGGCUCCUUCAACGGACUAAUGAACUCAAGAAAAGAGCCUAUCUGGCACGUUUCUUAAUUAAACUUGAAGUGCCAGCUGAGUUUCUUCAGGAUGAUACUGUGGCCGACACCAACAAACAGUAUGAAGAUCUGAUGGAAGCCUUUAAAAACUUGCAUAAGGAAUGUGAGCAGCUCAAGACUUCUGGCUUCUCCACUGCAGAAAUAAGACGGGAUAUCACUGCAAUGGAAGAGGAGAAGGAUCAGCUCAUCAAGAGAGUGGAGCGUCUUAAGAAGAGGGUGGAGACGGUGCAAAACCAUCAACGAAUGCUUGAAAUAGCAAGACAGCUUCGAGUAGAGAAAGAGAGAGAAGAAUCUUUAGCCCAGCAGAAGCAAGAACAAAAGAAUCAGCUGUUCCACGCAGAGCAGAGGCUGCAGAGAGUGCAGCUGCAGCUGAAAGAUAUGCAACAUGCAGUCGUGGAUUCAAAACCUGAAAGCUUAAUGAAGAGACUGGAAGAGGAGAUAAAGUUCAAUUCAUAUCUGUGCUCUGAAAAAUUUCCUAGAGAACUAGAAAGUAAGAAGCAAUCAUUGUAUUUCCUACAAAAAGUGGUUUCAGAGCCAGCUAUGGGUCAAUCUGAUCUCAAUGAACUUGAAACUAAGAUAAAUGAAGUCAAUGCGCAAAUUAAUCAAUUGAUUGAAAAGAGAAUGAUGAAAUAUGAGCCAAUUGAUAGUAAAUUUUCCAUGUAUCGACAACAGGUAAGAAGGAACAAAAGCUUUAUUGUAAGCAGCAAAAUCCUGUCAAAUUGACUGACUGUUAUUUA